UAGGGUAUAAAAAGGCUAUUUUUUCGAUAUGUAGCAUUAAUUCUGGCUCUUAUUUUUUGGUAAUCCAUGCUAGUUUUGAAAUAGGUGUACUUGCUGAAAUCAUACUUUAGAGGAUCUCAAAGCCAAUCUUUUUUGUUUGGAAGUGUAUUUUGGACUUUCUUUUUUAGUGUACUAUACUUUGCUACAUCAGCUCAUACUUAUUUUAGUGUAUGCAAAUGUUCUUCUUCUGAAAUUACAGGGAAUCAAAUUUUGGACUUAUGAUGACAUUAUCUCAUAACAAGAAAGCGCCAAAGUGCCUGUUGGUUGAAAUUGAAGAAGUCCGUGUUGUCAAGAGUGUUGGUUGGAGAAAGCAAGGUGUUCUCUGUUUAAUUGAAUGCACAAAAUCACCUGAUGGAAAUGGUCUGGUUAAUGGUCUGCUAAACUCAAAUGAUCAAUGCCGUAUAGAGUUACUCUUGAACUAUCUUGAAGAUGGAGAUUUACGCCAAUGGAGAUUGCCUGACGUUCUGGCUUUCAAUAUUGGGAUUUCAGAAUGGAGGUCAAAGCUGAACUGCAUCAUCAAUCCUCACAUGUAUGACCAGGUGAGUAGGGAAAUAAUCUAGAUUUGAAAUUUGAAGUCUAAUCUUUGAUCAUGGGGUUUCUUUUAGUCUUUUUUAUGAAAUUGUCUUCGAGGAAAAAGAUGAAUUAGUUGCGCCUGUCUGCCCAUGUAGUCGUUAUGGUGUAUUUGCUUCUGUCAAAAUUGGUUAAGGCAACACAUUAGUCAUAUUUAUCAGCACU